CGGGCCGCGCGGACGCUCAGCCGGUGCGGACGCGGGCGCGUGGCGGAGCUUUGAACCCGAGCGGGCGCUGCGGGCCGGGGUCGGGCCGGGGUCUUCCGUGCAAUGGCGGCCGAGGCGCGCGUGUCGCGCUGGUACUUCGGGGGCCUGGCCUCCUGCGGGGCCGCCUGCUGCACGCACCCGCUGGACCUGCUCAAGGUGCACCUGCAGACGCAGCAGGAGGUGAAGCUGCGCAUGACGGGCAUGGCGCUGCGCGUGGUGCGCUCCGACGGCGUCCUGGCCCUCUACAGCGGCCUGAGCGCCUCGCUGUGCAGGCAGAUGACCUACUCCCUGACUCGGUUCGCCAUCUAUGAGACCGUGCGUGACCACUUGGCCAAGGGCAGCCAGGGCCCGAUGCCCUUCCACACCAAGGUGUUGCUGGGCGCCAUGAGCGGUCUGACUGGAGGCUUCGUGGGGACGCCUGCGGACAUGGUCAACGUCAGGAUGCAGAAUGACGUGAAGCUGCCCGCGGGUCAGCGGCGCAACUACGCCCAUGCCCUGGAUGGCCUGUACCGCGUGGCUCGAGAAGAGGGUCUGAAGAAGCUGUUCUCGGGCGCGAGCAUGGCGUCCAGCCGAGGAGCUCUGGUCACCAUGGGCCAGCUGUCCUGCUACGACCAGACCAAGCAGCUGGUCCUCUGCACUGGGUAUAUGUCCGACAACAUCUUCACUCAUUUCAUCUCCAGCUUCAUUGCGGGGGGAUGCGCCACGUUCCUGUGCCAGCCCCUGGACGUGCUGAAGACCCGCCUGAUGAACGCCAAGGGCGAGUACCAGGGCGUGCUGCACUGCGCAGUGGAGACCGCGAAGCUCGGGCCCCUGGCCUUCUACAAGGGCCUCUUCCCUGCCGGCAUCCGGCUCAUACCACACACCGUGCUCACCUUCGUGUUCCUGGAGCAGCUCCGCAAGCACUUCGGCAUCAAAGUGCUGUCCUGACCCGGCCGCAGGGUCGCCAGCACUAGGUUCUUCCAAAGAGUCAGGUCGGGGUGCCGGGGCCACCACCUGCUCCUGGAGCCUCAGCCCCUCCUGGCCCUGCCACUGGCUGGGCGCAUUCCAGUGACCUUGUCCCCUCCCAGGCCCUCCCUGUCACCAUGGUUGCCCCUCCCAGGUGCCGUGGCCGGUCAGCGCUGCCCCCAGCAGUGUCUGUCGAGUAGUCGGGUGGCAGAGCCAGGCUGCGCUCACCACGCUCUGCACGCGCACAUGCUCUGCACACGCACUGUCGGGAGGGAGGGACCGUGCCUUUGUGCCCUCGAGGGCAGUGAGGAAGCCAGCCAGGCGAGCGCAGACUAGGAGCCAGCACCGGGAAGGGCGGCUCCGGCAAGGCGAGGCCAUGCUGGUGAUGGAUGGGUCCCCGAGGUCUCUGCCCACCCCCACCCCACUUGCUUUAAUGAUUAGUUUGACCAAAACCUCAGUGCCAACAGGCUGCUGCUGUCCUCAGGGACUGUGCCUGUGUCCCCAAGGCCACCUGUGUCCUUCCCUCCUGGCUCCCUGGGAAACGGAACCCACAUGGGGCCAAGGCGGCCAGCAGGUGCAUCUUGUGUGGACAGCGGUCGCCCCACAGCCUGUCCCCUGCAAACAGGGCUGGCCGCCGCGCCCAGCUGUCUCCCCAGGCCCCCUGGAAGGGCCGAGUGCAGCCCACGCGCUCUGCAGUGGCUGCUAAUAAACACAGAGCCACCCCGCCUCUGGCCUCCACACUGCGCCACCCAGGGCAGCACGUACCCCUAAGCAGGGCAGGGCUGAGGGCCUUGGCUGGGACCUUGGCAUUUAGUGACUGGUGGGCAGAGGAAUUGGGGGAGUGAGGCUGGGGGUGCGGGGGUGCUUGCAUUGGGGCGUCUGGGUCCGCAUAGACCUUCUGGACCCCGCAGGGCCACCCCACCCAGCAAGUACCAGGUGUUGCAGGCCCCCUCCCCCACUGUGAGUGGGCCAGGCUGGGCAUCUGUGGGGGCAGGGCCGACCACCCCCAACAGGCCCUGUGGGUGCGCCUGAAGGGAGCCCUAGGCCGUGGAAGUGGGCCCAGGACAGGCUGAUGGGCUGGGGCUGGAGCCAGUGUGGCCACUGCCCCGAGGCCUGGCGCUGCCACAGGACAGGCAAGGGGAUGGCCUGGUGGUCACACCCAGAUGCUGCCCUGGGCCUGAGCAGGGAGACCCGUGGGGUCUCGAGGGUGUAGAAAAGCAGAUGAGAGCGGAGGCAGUCGCACGGCUCUGUGCCUGUGCUGAAAACCGCUGUAUGGCAACACUUCUGUCGUCUGGGGGGAAGGACCCCCCCUUCCCUGUUCCAGCUUAAGCUGAGACCACACAGGGUGGCUGUGGGCUGUCACAGACCCCUCCCCGCCCAGCCCAUGGGGUUAUUUGGAAGAGCUCAGACAUGGUGUCAUUUACAUAUAAAUUACUAAAGUGCA